AAUGUAUGACGAAACUCCCAUUACAGGACGUAUGAUGUUUUGUCAAUGUGAGUUAUAAAAUCCUAUGAUUACACUAGACUAUAGUGAUGGCCAAAAUAAGAUAAGAAAUCUCAAUUUUAUCUUUUUUAACUGCCAUUAAAAGGCAAAACAUUAUAAAAAACGGGGUGGAUAAGGCUAAAACACAAUACUUAUACGUAUUUUUGUUUAAAAGGAUUAUACAUUCAAGCGUAUGCAUCAAACACGUUCGUCUAGCGUUAGAUGGAAGCACACUUUGUGAAACUUUUAAGGCGCGAUAAAAACUAUACAUGAAUGAUAGUAGCCUAUAGCUGAUUAUCGUUGAUUAAAUUAAUUCGUUGAUCAAUUAUUAAAUAAUAUAGAAUUAUUCGUAACCACAUCUGUGGCUAUGAAUGAAUGAAAUUUUAAAAAAUAUGGGCGAUUUUCCAAUGCGGAUGAAAUCAUAAUAGGAAACUCAGCUAAUGGAAAAAACACGAUUCUAUUCUUUAAAUACAAUCGAAAUGGUUAAACCGGUUAAACUAUAUAAAAGCAUAACGGGAAAAUGUUGGGUAUCUUGCUUGUAUAUCUGUAGUGAUAAAUGACGUCGUCUUCUCUACACUGGAAGACUGGAUUAAACAUUCUUUUCGUCUGAAAAAUUAACAUAUCUGCUAGACUCAAAGGGGAAAAUUUUCGCAAACAUUUUCUCUUUGUGAAUUUAGUCCAGCAAAAAUAUCGUUAAGACGUUGUGGCAAUAAGUUAUAGUCUCGACAUAAAUUUUUUUUUUGAAUACAUAUAUAUUUUUAAUGGCCCAUUAAACUAGUACCGAAUAAAUCCACUCCAUAAAGUCUUGAUGUUAGCUGUUGUUUAUGUAGCAGUUGCCUAUAACAGUAUAAGGAGAAAAUACAUUUUUCUAGAGAUAAAUGGUUGUUAGAAAGCUAGUUUAAACCUGAAAGCACUAGCCAUUUUAAUUGACGAAAGUCAAAUGUUUGUGAUCUGGAGAAAGUUUAAUCAAAGGAAGACGGGCAAGUAAAUCGACUUUCGCUUCAGCGACGAUAGGCAAAAAAAUGUCACCGGGCCAUCCCCAGUUUUUCCGGACGCUUUUUUAAUUUACGGAAUCCGUAUAAAAAAUUGAUUGAUAGUAGAAACAAACCGGUAGGGAUAACAGUCCCUACAAAUGUCAUAAUAGCGCUGACAGGAGAAAACUGGCCAUCCUAACUGUUUGAUGUAUAAGUUCUUGUUGAUCAUAAAAAAGCAAAGGCCUGUUAUGUGAUAGAAUCAUUCUUGUUGCGAACAUUCUCCUAUCAACAUCCUCAACAUGAAGUAUUUCCAGGUAGGCCUGACUCUACUUACAAUCACUAUCUUCUCCUCAACACCCACGCCAAUCAAAAGCCCCAAAAUAUCUUUUCUUACUCGAAACAGAGGGGAUCGACGCACAGAGGAAACUACCACGAUCAAAACGUACCAACCGAAAUACAAAACUUUAUUUUAUUUUAGACAAUUGUUGCCGAAUUCGACAUUUUCGACGAUUCCAGCCGAAACAUCACAUAAGCCUAUUCCCUCCUUAGUAGAAGAGCUUUCUACCGAUCCAUCAUUUAUUGUUUCUUCCGUUGUAGAACCAUCAGUGACCUCCUUUUCCGAAUCUACUCAUUCCCAACAAUUUCCUUCCUCAUUUUCUGGAUCAGUAGAUUCAUUUUAUCCUAUAUUCUCUUCUUUCGACUCAACCUCAUCUAUUCCUGACUCAGUUUCCUCAAUUGAUUCAACCACACCCAGUUCUUUUUUGCCAUUCAAACCGACUUCUUCUUCCAAAUUCAAUAUGCCGAAUCUUCUCCGCCCUUCGAACUCGAUGACCAAUUUUUUCAAAUCUUUGGCGCGCAGCCCCAAAGCAUCGCUGACUCCAUCCUCCACUAUCAAUCCUGGUGCACUUUCCGUCAUGAUGAAGCCUCCAUCUUCCGUAAUGAAACCACCAUCCCCCGUCUCAUUUUCUUCCAGCAUCCCUCAACCUUUAGAUAAUUUUUCCUCUUUCAGUUCAUCUUCUUCGUUCCCCUCUCAAACAUCAAUUUCUGCUGCAGAAUCUACAUCCUCACUAUCUCUUGAAAUACCACCUCUUUCCACUUCAUCAGUAAACCCAUCGUUCUCCGAUUCGAAUUCUUCGCGUUUCCCCAAAGAUUUAGCUUCUUCUAUUUUCUCGUUAUCAACGACUGCUGGCUCGAUUUCUUCGCACGGCUCUACAAUAAUCGUGGCUGCUUCAAAUCCGUCUGAAGGUUCAUCAUCUCUUGCACGCAUCCCGAAAUCCCUUUCCACCGCUGUUUAUUCAUCAUCUUCUGACUCAUCCGUGAAUGGGGACUAUAACUUUUCUUAUCGCGUCAAUGAUACCAAACAAGACUUCGGUCACAGUGAACACCGCGUCGGAAACAACACCCAAGGAAGAUAUGACGUCGUCUUACCCGAUGGCCGGCGCCAGAUUGUCGACUAUCAGAUACUCAAUGCCAGUUAUUUUGCCGAUGUCUCAUACGUUGGAGAGACUACAAAUCGAGCUGCAAAUUUCGAACCAGCCAGCACAACGAGCACAACAUCAGUUGCAUCUUUAGUAACAAAUGCAAAAAUCGAAGAAAAUAUGGAUUUUCCCAUUUAGUCAAUUUAACGAUCUAGCCUAUAGCUCUCUUAUUUUUUUUUUUUUUCUGAAUGAUAAACAUUGUGUUCUUCAAUUGAAGCAUUCCAAAUUGAUUUUGGAAAAUGCACAAAUUGAGUUUUUCUAAUAAAAGGAAGUUUUUACACCAGA